UCCUUCUCUUUCGGUUCCGGAGCCUGUGUUUGUGUUCCUGGCUGCUGUGUUUGUGUUUGUCGCGCUGGGUGUGUGUGUGCGGGGGUGUCCCUCACGUCCCCGUGUCCGUGCCCGCCCGCGAAUGUCUCGGGUCUCUGGGAAGGGUGGGCGCUGUGUGCCUGUCUUUGUGCCUGUCUCCGUGUCUCUGUGCCUGUCUCUGUGCCUCUGUGCCUGUCUCCGUGCCGGUCUCCGUGCCUGUCCCUGCGACCCGGGGCCGGGGCAGCGGCCGCAGCUCCGCCCGCCUCGGGACGCGGCCUACGGGGGACACGAGGGGUUCAGCGCCCGCGCUGCUUUCUGUCAGCGCUCCCUCGGCAUGGCUGCACCGCCCGGUCACUUCUGUCACUGGAAAGUGCCUUUUCACUUUCAGAAUGACGCCCCAAAUCGCACCGUGCGGCGCUGGCACCUCGCCGCCCGCGGAGCCGCUCAUGCCCGCGUCCCUCAGAAAGUCCGCAGCGUUCUCUUCCCCUGCCGUGUCCGUCCGUGCCUUCGCGGCGGCAGAACGGGAGAGCCGAGCUGCACCUGCGCACUCCCAUCGGCUCUGGCACCCCAGGGGAACCCAGCGGGCGGAGGGCGUGCGCGGGGCAGGGGCAGCGGCCGGCCGCGCUAGGCCACCGGGCUGGAGGGCUCUCGCCCGACCUCUUCCGCGCCCGCAGCGGGACACUGGGUACGAGGGGAGUGACGAGAGCGAGACGUGGGUCGCUGCUGCGAUGGAGGAGUUUGUGUGUGUUUGUGUGUGUUUGUGUGUGUAUGUGUGUGUGUGUGUGUGGCGAGGCGUCCCGGCCUGCGAGGAGGGCUCCGCGGGGCCGAAGCGCUGCCCCGGGGCGAACGCCGUCAGCCCGAACCUGUCGGUGUCAGAAGUGGAAGCGGCAGUUCUGCGGUCCCGCGCUGCAGCAGAAUGCUAUACAGCAAACGGGGCCGACUAUCGUGGCACUCAGAACCAGACCUCCCAAUAUGCAGGGAAACCUUGUCUUUUUUGGAAUGAGACCUUUGAGCAUCCUUAUAAUACUGUGAAAUAUCCCAAUGGGGAGGGAGGGCUUGGAGAGCAUAACUACUGCAGAAACCCUGAUGGGGAUGUCAGCCCAUGGUGCUAUAUUGCAGAACAUGAAGAUGGAAUAUAUUGGAAAUACUGUGAGAUUCCAUCCUGCCGAAUGCCAGGAAAUCUGGGGUGUUACAAGGACCAUGGAGAGCCACCACCUUUGACUGGCACCAGCGAGACCUCCAAUAAACUGACGAUCCAAACAUGCAUCAGCUCCUGCCGAAGCCAACAAUUUAAGUUUGCAGGCAUGGAAUCAGGUUAUGCUUGUUUUUGUGGAAAUAAUCCUGACUACUGGAGAUACGGGGAGGCAGCCAGUACGGAAUGCAACAGUGUUUGCUUUGGAGACCAUACUCAGCCUUGCGGUGGGGAUGGCAGAGUCAUUCUUUUUGACACCCUUAUUGGUGCCUGUGGAGGGAAUUACACUUCUGCUACAGCUGUGAUCUAUUCUCCAGAUUUUCCUGACACAUAUGGCACAGGCAAAGUCUGUUAUUGGACCAUACAAGUUCCAGGAGCAUCUCAAAUUCACUUCAGCUUUGUCCUUUUUGAAAUCAAAGAUGCUACAGAUAUGGUGGAAUUGCUGGAUGGUUACACCUAUCAUGUUCUAGCUCGUUUUAAUGGCAAGAACCGGCCUCCCCACACCUUUAACAUCUCUUUGGAUUUUGUCAUUUUGUACUUUUUCUCAGAUGACAUCAAUCAAGCCCAGGGAUUUGCUAUCAGAUAUAGAGCUGUGAAGGACAAUGUGCAUCAAAACAAGAUCCCAGUGAAUCACACCCUUUCAGAGAGGAUAAAUGAACAAGCAAAUCUCAGCAUCAAUGCAGCCCGGUCAUCAAAGAUACUCUAUGUCAUCACAACCAGCCCAAGCCAUCCAACUAGCUCCAUGCCUGAGUGGACAAUAUAUAGUCUGACAGCACUGCUCAUCCUAAGUGUUACAGCCAUAAUAGCAAAGAUACUUCUGCACAUUACCAUGAGGUCACAUCAGAUUCCAGCUGCAGCUGAAACAGAAGACUGCAGUGACGUUACUACUGCUGGUGAGAUCUGGAGUAUAUUUUACCAGCCAUCCACAUCCAUAUCCAUCUUCAAGAAAAAGCUUCGAAAUCAACAAGACGAUUGCAACCCACUAGUGGGAAACUGAAGUGUCUUUUAUUUUGCAAGAAUUGAUCUUCUUAAAAUCCAGGUGACUUGAGAUUAAUCUUCCUUUUUUUCCUUCCAAUCUCAUACUUGUUUUCCAAAAAGUCCAUUUCCAAAGGCCUUUGAGUGACUUUGCCUAUCUGCUGUUCUCUUGGGUAUACUAGUGACAACGGAUUUAACUGCAGCAAUAAUUUUGAACUAUCUGGUGCUCCUCAAGUCUGUAGUGCUGUUAAUUACUGCCUUUAAACCAUUGCACUUAAAAUAGAUGUAAAAACUCAUAAAAUUCAAAAUGUUCUCUACCCCUGCCAAAGGUAACUGAAGGGGUAUCUACAGGUUGAGGACUUCUUGUGUCCUACUUGCCUCUACCACUCUUAUAUCAGGCUCCUUUAGUCCUUCUGUUCUCAAGGCUGAAGAAAGAGGUGGGUACUGAUAGCCUGCUUGGCUACCACAGCAAACAGAACUUGCUUGCCUUGAUGUAAACACAUCUAAAUGGUACUAUACAGUAAAAGGGAAUCAAAGACCAGAAAAGCUGUCAGCCUGGUUGCUCAGUGCUGUGCUCUUUCUGCAUUUUCUGUUUCUGUGUCUACAAGCAGAGAUGCACACAUAAAUCAAAUUCAGGAGGCCCCUAAAGUAAGAUUUGGCUGCAAAUGGGCAUUUUGAUUGACUAAUGCUCACCAGCUCCAGGCCUGCAUGAGCAUUGAAGCCUUUUAAAUGACUGUGUCUGACUCACCAUUCACUGAUGUUUAUGAUAAUUUUGUUCAUAUUCACGGUGAUCCUUUAAAAAACUAUUGUGCUCCAGCCUGACAUCCAGCAUUCAUCCUGGGUAUAAGCUAUGGGCUUCUUAAAGGAUUGUCCAAAGAUACUGUAAUCCACUGAAUUUUUAACAGUGAGGCUAACUAACAGAUUUUUACUCUGAAGCCACAUGUAUUAAUCUCAGCAGCCCAAACUAUUUCCAAAGUUUUAGGCUGCUAUCACCAACUCAGCUGUGCCAGGCUGUGCAGCUGGACACACAUGGAACAGUUGCCUUGAUACUUACCUGUGAGAAGUGUCUCCUUGCCUGCAACAUUAAAACUGGACUGAAUUUUUAAGGUAAUUGCCUUAAUUGUCACAGAACUAAAACAUCUGAUCUGUGAACUAUUUUCUCUUUGACUGCAACAGACAGCAUUAACUAUUUCUUCUCUUUGGUAGACUGAGUGUCCAUACACAAUACUCAGAUUUCUCAUCCCACCACAAGUGGGAAACAAGUGAUUCCAAGGGAUCAGCAGUGAGUCUUUCAGCCUCAGCAAUUUCAGACCAGCAAGAUACUUAAGAAAAACUGUCAUUGCAGAAGGUCAGAUAUAUUGACUGGCAAAGUUUACAGUAGGCAGCUCCUCAAACUCAGAGGAGAUUCACUGACAACCAAUAAACUACAGUAAUUCUGGUUAAGUUUGAACAUAUACCAAUGGUCUGCAUAUACCAGAUGUGCAGUCAGAGAACAUCUAUUAAGUGCCUCUGCAAAGGGUACUAGAAAAGUAAGAAAAUCAUCACUGAGUUUAAAUUCAUUCUUGUAUCUGCCCUUAUGUUUUUAAACAUAUAACUCCCUCCCCUUCAUGAGGGCUACAGAUUUCCUUGAAAAAACAGGGCAUUGAAGAAUUAAGCACUGAAAUAUUGUGCCUUACUUCUCAUUGCAGAUCUGGUCUCUUACCUGAACUGAAUUCAGUCCAGCUCCAUUUAUGUACCACAGCUGAGUGCUAGAGACAGCUGAACAGUAUCACAAUGCGUGCUUAAAAGAAACCAGAUUUUACUAAGCCAGCAGUUAUGGAAUUGUUUAUAUAAAAAAUGGAAUAGCAUGAGAACAUCUAGUACUUUCUUGCAUGAGCUGCUGGAAAGAAUACAGGAAAAUAUAAUUACAGUAUUAGCUAAAAUGAAGACAGGACAAGUUGCAAAACGUGUCAUCAUGUUGGACCAAAAACCAUUGUCUGUUUCAGACCCAAGAAAAGUUCUGAAAUUGCCUUUUUUGAAAGUAAGGUUUUGCAUCAUGCUGUGUAGACAAAGAGUUCACCUCAGAGAUUCACAGCAAAACGAAGUAGGUUGGUUCCUAAACAUCCUUAAUUUGAUGCACUAAUAGGAAACCAGGCAGAGAGAAUCAGUGUGGUGCCAGAUCCUUAGGAGCUGUUACAAGCACACAGUGCUUACCACAAAGUGAUGAAGCUUUGUUUGCUUGCCUCAUCAAAUGCAAGUUAAACAUUUUGUCAGAGAGACAUUCACAAAGCAGUUAAUGGUGACAAACUGAGGUAACAUCAGGAACACCCAGUGACUGAUUGACACCUUCUGCAGAAGGAAAAUACACAGAACUGUUACGCUUCUCUUCCUUAGUAAAGAAUUUAAUUUUACUAUAAUAUUAGAGAAAAUCUCAUUACAAACAACAACAAAGAUGGAUACUACUAAUGCAAAAUCUAGAGAAUUUAGGAAGUGAAGUUUUUGCAUCGGUCCCUUAGCUCCUCAACUAUUUUUUAAAUAAAAUUAUAUUUAAUGAGACUUUCAUGAGGAACACUUAUCAAAUUUCUGCACAAAAGACCCAUAAAAUUAGCACUUACAGCAGAUUAAAUGGUCAUGGCAACAAUAAACAUGCCUAUGCAUAAGAUAUUAGACAGUGCAUGGGUAAUACACUGAUAAAAGCAUUGAAGAAAUUAUGUUCCCUCCCACCAAAUCAUUCAGAUUUUCCGAUGCUAGAUACUUCUAGAGCUAGCAAACAGACCAAUAGAUGGAAAUUCAUAGACAGGGUCCCUUAAAUAGCACUUACUACUUUACAGGGCUGAGACCAUGAAGAGCAGGUAGAUCUCUGGUGUGGAUUUUUUCCAAAUGUGGUCUGGUACAGACACUUCAGUGUGGUGAUUUACGGCCAAGAUAUGUGGUAUCCAUUAACAUAGCAUGUUUUGAUCUUUGCUGUAAGGGUUUGAGGGAGAAAGAAGCAAAAAGUGUGACAUGCACAACUGUUGUAAUGCCACAAAAGAAAUGCCCCUACUACACAGCCAGCUGAGAGCUGGCAGCUGGAGAGCAGGGACACCUCAGGCUGUUGGUGUUUGCAGCAUUUUCUUCAACAAAUUGAAAAUAACUGCAGAAGAAUUGGUUUGGGAUUGUAUCUGAAUGGCCUUCUGACCUCCUGCCUAGCAGUCCCCUCAAGAGCCUGGACAGGCUGCAAAUGUGACACUGGCGACAAUGUCCAAAGCAACUGCUUUGACAAGCAGAUCAUCGUGAGGGGCUGCCUCCUCAUAUACAUGGAUUUCAGCUCCUGCUCUGGUCCCCUCCUCAGUCUUGUGUUGGUGUGACCAGCUGUGUAGUGGUGCAAUAAACUGAUCAGGUUAAAAAUUGCCAUGGCUUUUUCUUCCCUGAGUUACUUUUUACAGAGCUGAGCUCUUUGAUCUUGCUCAUUGGGUGGUUGCACAGAGAGAUGAGCUAAGAGCUCACCGAGUCCACAGCUAAGCAGACAGACAAGAAGCCGUAGGACAAGGACAGAUGUGUGCCCCAGAAGCUGGGGCAGUGAGUACUUCUGCUGGAACUGCCAGAGCAGCGAUUUGUGAGCCUGCUGCCUUCACACAGCACCCCAGUUCCAGCAGCCUGCACUGCAUGUGGACCUCAGGUGGAAAGGGGCCAGCUGGACAAGUGCCUUCCCUCAUUCAGAAUCUACAUUUAAAACUAGUUUAGUUUGUUGACUACAUGAUUUUAUAUGUAUUUUUGUCUUAAUAUUGUUAUGUUGUGGGAAAACAGAGACUGUGUUAUGUAAAAAUGUGUGAUGUGUUAUCAUAGUAAUAUAUAUUUGUAUAUGUAUAGGAAAUGCAUUAUUUAAUACAGCAUAUUAUGCUUGGAUUUUGCUAACAUUUUAUAGGAAAAAAAGAUGUUAGUUUACACUCUGGGAAAAAUAAAUUUUCUAUACACUGUAACCAUAGGGAAAAAAACCAAAGAUACUUCUUUGGUAUAUAUGAUAGAAGGACAUUGAGAAUAGGGUAACUCAAACUCAGCUUUGUGACAGAAUAGAUGCUGAUAAAACAAUUGCUGUAAGAAACACUUUACUCCUUUGAAUCUCAUUUCUAGCCUAGUAAUUGUAUUAGACUGUUCAUCAAAUUCUGCAAAUUCGUGUGCAUAUAUUCUCUGGACAAUUUUUACCAUCAAACAUGUAAUCUGCUUUUUCAAUCAAGCAUUUACAUAAUCUUUUUUAGGACUUGUUUCUGCCAGAUUUUCUACAGCCAGGACAAUGCUGAGGAAGUUUAUCCCAUUGCUCAGGCAGACAAUCCAGUGGGAUUGCAGAAUUGAAGUCUACAUAUUCCAACUCCCCCUGGCAAUAGUAUAAAUAGGAGAUUUUUACAGAUAGUCCUGGAAACUGUACUGAAUCUGCAGCCUGGAUGACUGCAGGCCAAACACAUGAGCAGACACACUGCUGCCACUGAAUGAGCAUAAGUAGCUAUUCCACUUUCAUCUUCUGCUUAACAAGCCUUCUCAGGCAGUGGGAAGGAACAGAUUUUUCUAGUGCACCACUUUGCCUAAAGGAAGAGUGAACUACAAAAACAACUCCUGACAAAAACUUGUCCAACUAGUUCUUACUACCUUGCAGUAGUAUUUCACAAUCUUCCAAUGAAAUACAGUUCACUGGUAGUUUCACCUGAAUAUUGUUCUAGACAUUUAUGAACAAUUCUGCUACCUUGAGAGUGAAAAAUAGUAUUGCCUUCAGACCAUACCAUUUUUUCUGUAACAACACAUCCCCAAUACACAUACAUUUCAUGCCACUCAUACUUCCUCAAAUUUACUGAGCACCUGUGCUUUGGGAUGAAAUUUGGCAUUGUGAACUUCAGUCUCAAGACAUUUUGCUACAAAUCCAAAAGCUAUCACAUGAACCACAUAAGGCUGUCAAGAAACCAGAAUAAAUCAAACUUGAGAUGACUCACUGCUGAAGUAUGCACUGUGUUUAUAACUGUUCACCCUGUAUUCAGCAAGUGGUUGUAAAUAAUAAUUAUGAAAAAAUAAAUACAGUGUAUUUGUGCAGGAGGAGUUCAGUUAGGAUGGCUGAAGUGUAUACAAACAUGGAGUAAAGGAGGCAGAAACUGCUGCAGUUCACCAGCAGGUUACAAGAGCACUGCUUGCUAUACAAGUUAGAAGAAAGUAUUAGAGCUGAGAAUGAUUACUUACAUAAAGUAUGAUAUUGCUCUGAGACACAAGUUCAGAGGUAACAGCAAACUGAAAGUUUUCAGUUUACGUGUUUUCAAACUUUUAGAAAGAACUGUAACAGUUCUUUCACUGUUUGCUUUACAAAUUGCUGCAAUAUGUAAUGCUGUUUCCACUUUCUUGCAAGAUUCAUCUUUUCUCUCUAAUUAAUUCCUCCUGGCCAAAAUAAUGCUGCAGUUUAAGAAACCUUCAGCAACCUUUUAUGCAAACACCAGAAAACCAGUGACAAAUACCAAAACUGUCUCCAGCUUUUCAUGUGAAGACUCAUUUUUCUUCUAGAAACACAAGUGUUACAGGGGACCGACCUCCCCUUACACAGAGGAGGUUACUCUGCUCUCCUUUCUUGCCAUUCCGGUUAUGAGACUCCUGCACUUUUGUUCUUUCUGGGAACCGUUCCCUUCUUUUUUCCUGGUUGUUUCCUAAGCAGCAGUUUCAUUCCCCAUGAGAGAAACGUGUUCUUUAUUCUGAAAGAGACACUUUUCUAUGAAGCAUUUAAGUCACAGCAGCACAGCGCUUUCACUGCAAGGUAAAAUAUCUGGUUUCAGGUAUGCUAUUGUCUCCCUGGCCAGAGAAUUAGGCCAGGCUGGCUCCACAGGGUAUGAACACGGCCAUCCUUUUAAGGGCAUUUUUCUUUUCACACUACCCAAGUAACAACAAACAUUACCUAACAGCUGUCAUAGAUUUGACAGAUGCACAUGAUAUUGCAGAUAGUGUUACAGAAACACCAAGUGUUACGAUAAUGUACAGUCCAUUUGGAAUAGUCUGCUCCUGCUUGACUUUUUUUACCGUAUCGAGGUUCUGUGGAGGUCUGUGGUGCCCCACAGGACUCCCAAUUUUGUCACAAAUCUGUUCCUUAAACAUCGAACCUGGAAAGUAAAAAGAACCUCCCCCCCCCCCACCCACCAAGUAUCAAAAUGUUCAUUUUGGAUAGAAAAUAUUUAGUCAUUUUUUAAAAGCCACAACAAAGACAAUCUCACACACAGCUAAGCACCACAUACAAGUUCAGCCAGCAGCCCACUGCUGCCUUUCUCAGAGACAGAAUAUGGGCUCACUGAUUAUUCUGUGGGACACCGAUGGUGGUGGUCUGUGCUGUUCUUCAAAGCACAAUCACUGAACAGUUUUCUUCAGAACAGGGCACAAGAAAACAGAACCCCAGCAGCAAUAGCAAACGGGGGAUGGAGGGAGGGAAGGGAAGGGAGACUCAGGUGUGACCCAUCAACGUACGCAUUAGCAGCCAUCCAUGUACGGCGGGGUUUAUGCUAUUUGUAAAAGCAGUUGUUGGAUGAACUGAUUUGCAGAUAAAAGGCACAUCUAAAAGGCAUAUCUGUAAUCACUGGCAGUUGCCAAGAUUCUGUUCACUGAGCAAAAAAAGGGGCACGUACUUUCAUUGGGAAGCACUUGCUCCUUUUGCUCUUCCGUUUCUGUGCCUGUCUUUGCACACAGGCCAGGCUUUUCCAUCGUACCUGCGAUCAGGAUGGUAACUGGUCCUCAUGCCACAAAGGCUCCCCUAUAAAAUGACACUCCUCAACAAUCUGUCAUCCCAAAUGGAGUUUUCACAUAUGAAACGAGGGGUGGAGAGAAGUAAGGCUCAUUUCUUGGCUGAAUCCUGAGGUGAUUGAAUUACAGUGCAUUUGAACAUGGAUGGGAGAUGGGGAAAGUCCAGGGGAUUACAAGGUAAAAAUCUUUGGGAAAAGGAAGAAACUGGAGAAUCCUGGAAAACACUCUGUGUGUAUCACUGGAUGGGAAAUAAAUAAUACAUGAAAUAGCAUACAUAAAUAUACAUGUACAUACAUGCACAGAGCCACACGCCCCCAGGCUCCCGUCUUCUGGUGUCUGCAUAAAUAUCUCUGAUCAAAUUGUGCUCUCUGCUGACAAAAUGAGUACCACAGUAUUGAUUUUCACUUAAGCUGGACCAGUGAUUCCAUGAUGCAGGGCAAGGACCUGGAUCUAGUGUAACUAUUCAAGCUAUGACUGACCCAGCUGUGUCCACAUGUAUCAUGCUGUCCCAAAGCGAUUUUAUUUCAGGACAAUAAAUUACUUUUACCUGAAAUUACACCAGAGUUAAGUUCCCCUGCCACAAGGAACAGGCAGGUUCCAAACAUAAAUGAGGAUCUCUUUUAGCAGAUGUGGUACUUCUCGUGUGCUUGAAGGGUUCAGGGGCCUGUGUGACAAGUGCCCCCCGGGUCCCCCCCAAUAACCUGCGUGCUGUGUGAAGGCAUAUACAUAUCCACCUGUUAUUUUCAAAAAAAAGGAAGAAAUGUUGUUUAUUAGAGCUCAUCUCAGUAUAUCUAGGACUAUACUUUGAGAAUAGCUAUCUAUAUCCUUUCCCCCAAAACAAGAAGGACAACUCCCACAUGUAUAUGCAAUAAAACUGUAUUUUUUGUGUG